CCGAGAGAAGAAGCGAAACGCUGAACAUUUGUCAGAAAAGUUAGUUGUACAGUUUAUAUCGUAGUUAGCAAAGGACAUCAGUUUGUACAAUGAAUAGUUUAACUGGUUGAAAUCUUGUCCUUAUUCUUGACAACCUGCCUUGUUCGUGCGUAUACUAACGUUGCAAGAAAAGUAACGUUAACGUUAGUCUUGUUCCAAGAGGUGUGUUUGCUUCCGAUUUUAUCCGUUGGCUAUAUAUUGUGGAAUAUGGCGAAUGCAACGGCUGUAGGUUCUGCAGCAGGGAGAGACCCCGCCGUAGACCGCUCUCUGCGCUCAGUCUUUGUGGGAAACAUUCCUUAUGAAGCCACGGAGGAACAACUGAAAGACAUCUUCUCAGAGGUCGGCCUGGUGGUGAGCUUCAGAUUAGUCUAUGACAGAGAAACAGGAAAGCCAAAGGGCUAUGGCUUCUGUGAAUACCAGGACCAGGAGACCGCCCUCAGUGCGAUGCGUAACCUGAACGGGAGAGAGUUCAGCGGCAGGGCCCUCCGAGUGGACAAUGCGGCCAGCGAGAAGAACAAGGAGGAGUUAAAAAGUUUAGGGACUGGUGCCCCUGUCAUUGAGUCUCCCUAUGGCGACAGUUGCAAGCCCAAGGAGGCCCCAGAAUCUAUCAGUCGUGCAGUGGCCAGUCUGCCCCCAGAGCAAAUGUUUGAGCUCAUGAAACAAAUGAAACUGUGUGUGCAGAAUAACCCACAGGAGGCCAGGAACAUGCUGCUGCAGAACCCCCAGUUGGCGUAUGCUUUGUUGCAGGCCCAGGUGGUCAUGAGGAUCGUUGACCCUGAGAUUGCCCUGAAAAUGCUUCACCGUCAGACGCCAGUUCAGCCCCUGGUACCCAGCAGUAAAGUUAGUGCAGUGCCUGGACCCAGCCAACCUCUUUCCCAGCCAAAUGUCCCAGUGCCCCAGCAACAAACCAUGGUCAGUAUGCACAUGAAUGGAGGCUCCCAGAUGAUGCAGCCCCCUCAGAUGAUGGCAGGAGUGCCAGGGCAGGGGCCAGUGGGGCCCUCAGGAGAUCUCCCAGAACAGCCGUGGCAACAGCCAAGCCCUUUCUCUUUUUCUGUCUUCUCAGGUGGGAUGCAGUCCCAGAUGAACAUUCCCCAGGGAGGUCCUGUACCCACAGAUAGGGGUCAAGGAAACCUUCAGCUCUCUCCUGUAGGACCAGCAGGGCAGGCUGCUAGCGAGCUGCCUGAAGUUCCCAUGACUGACCCGCGGGCUCCCAUGCGGGCGGGGGUUCUGCCGGGCCCUUCGACAGUGCAGCCCAGGGGCCUGCUGGGUGAUGGCCCCAAUGACCCCCGUGGUGGCACGCUGCUCUCAGUCACCGGGGAGGUGGUGGAGCCUGGUCGUGGGUAUGUGGGGGCCCCUCCGCUCCAGGGCCCGCCCAUGCAUAUGACGCAUGAUGGACGCGGGCCCCCUCCCGACAUGCGAGGGCACAUGCCCGACAUGAGGGGGGGACCCAUGGCUGAGCCCAGGGGCAUGAUGGGAGAGCCCGGCAUAUCCAUGAUGGAACAGAGAGGGCCAUCCAUGGAAGCCAGGGGAGGUCGUGACCCCAGAAUGGUGGACACUCGCUGUCUGGACCCCAGGUGUCCCAUGCCAACCCAGAGAGUUCCCAUGGGAGCCAGCAUGCAGGGCCCAGGCCAGCACACUAUGGGAGGCAGUGGGCUUCCGUCCAGCAGACAGGCUUCCAGUCUACCAGGUGGCCCCCAGACCGGAGGCUUUAGCCCCACCCAAAAUCAGGUUAUGUCUCAGGACCAUGAGAAGGCUGCACUGAUAAUGCAGGUGCUGCAGCUGACCCCAGAACAGAUCGCCAUGCUACCGCCUGAGCAGAGACAAAGCAUCAUGAUCCUGAAGGAGCAGAUCCAGAAGACGGCUGGGGCUCCAUAACAGCAGCUGAAAUCGCUUCCACAGGACAGGUGAAACAGAGGGCCAUAGGAAAAUUGGUAUGAUCUCUGUGUUAGGUUAGAGGUCAGUGGGGUAGGUGACUGCAUAAGAGAUUGUGAUUGUGUGCAUCACUUGGCUUGUUCAUAUCGAAACUGCCUUUGCAAUGAAAUGAGACCCUGUUCCCCAUUUCACUAAGAACUAUAAAUAGCAAGUAAACAUCACAUUGGCUGGCAUAUGGUACACUUGUUACAAAAAAUGGGUGAUGGGAAAUGACCCAACAACAAUGCAAGUCAUUGACAUGUAUAUGGUGUCUUCCUGUACCGUCAGAAAAUUGAUUUUUCAUCAAUUUGGGAUAGCCACCAAGGCUGACAGCAUUUCUCUGAAAAGGGAGAUCACACAGGAUGAGGAAUUUUUGUUUCCUUGCUGGAAGGCUAUCUUCAGUCUUCCACUUUUCCUUACUGUCUGCCAACCUGGUCUAGUGUGACUGAGUCUACCGUCAUGGAAAAGGAAAUUGUUUAAUCACUUUUCCUUUUGGAUGGCAGGCUUUCUGCACAGUACAAGCCCUCAGCUGGCACCUGCUCUACUUCGUAUCAGCAAGGACAUGUCCAGCCUCUCAAGUCCGAAUUUCACACAGUGUGUCAUUAUUUCAUUUCUUGCUUGUAUCAUUCAGACGGUUGCUUUCAUGUGGAGGGUCGGAGGUGGUGCUGCUAGUGCAGUUUGUACUCCACAGUUAUGAGGAGGGACCUGCUUCAGACAGAGAGCCUUCCAGGAUGGGGAUUUGCUACAGGUGGCCUCAAAACCUACUGAGCCAGAAGAGGCCCAAGGGUGUACUAACGCCCUGUAAGGACCAACUCGGUCACUCACUGAA